AAUCCUCCACUGCUCACAUCCGGGCUACGAACCAUGAGCAAAGACGUGGAAUGUUAGAUUUUUUUUUUUCUCCUCAGCCGCCGUAAUGAUGAAGUAAAAAGCACCAUGAUUGGUGGAUUGCGAGGGACAAGAAACAUAAAACCGGAGGAUUAGCUUUAGCACUCGGAUCCAAACGGGACAAACGCGAAAAAAACAGCGAAUCCAAACAGCGCGAGUGGCUCCUGAUGGCACAAAGGCGUUCCACUUGCUUCUGAUACAUGUAAGGUAUUUCAAAUAAAAUACAACGCUCAGCAUCCACACAAGUAGCUAACAGUACACAAUGGUCUCUCGCAAUAUUUUGCUCUCAUACAAACAUAGAGCGGCGCGCCUUGCUUGACAGCUCGGCAUCCAAUAGCAGGAAGCGCGCACCAGGCUGCGCUAAGCGUCAGCCAAUGGGUAACGAAAUAAUACGGGCCCAAACAAAGUUAGGCUGUUGUUUCAGGCGACCAGCGCUAAACUUCACCAAAUAAUAGCUGUUUGUGUUUUGGGUGAUGCAGUAGCCAUUUUAGCAUUUCCUGACAUUUCAAUCCUGGCUAAAGACAUCACCACGGCAAUAGGGGAGUUCCUAGCUGCAGAUGUGAGACCACAUGGUAUAGUGGAGAAUGAAGGAUUCAAAAACAUGCCUAGAGCUACACAGAUUUACCUGACUUGGACAGCAUAACUAGAUGUCUGCCACGCACAUUUUAAUGCACACUUCAGCUACUUCAGCCACCACUGCCUCUGAGCAGAAUGCACAAACCACUUUUUCCAUAGGCCACUUUGGCAAGGAGCAGAUCCGAAUCAUUGAUGGGCCAUCUAACCACUGCGUGGCUCAUGCAAAGCUCUCCGGGAUGAGGGAAGUAGUCCAAGGGUCUAGCAGCCUCAGUCCCAACCUUUCUGUUUCACCAGUCAAUAGCGAGGAGGAUGAUGGAGGAGGUGGGCCCAGGGUGAGGAAAAAACGAAAAAAAAAAGACAAGAAAGACACAAGAGAGGACAGAGAGUGCGACAUUAGACCAAAGAAAAAGAAGGUACAGAAAGAAGGGAAGCGGCUGCUCCUGAAGAAAUCGAAAGCACUGAAGGAGCUAAAAGAGACAAAGAAGGUGGAGGGGAAGGUAGUAAAGGAUCCUAAAAAGGUCAAGAAAGUUCAAGAGAUCAAGUCAAAAACACAGGGAAAGGAUGUGACCUCCCCACCAAGGCAACGUGGGAGGAAGCCGAAAGAGCAGAGUGUUGUACCCCUGGAGAAAAGGAAAAAAGGGAAGCGGAAAAAUGAUGCACCGCAGGAGGCAGCCGAGAGUGAUGAUACGGCCUCACUUUGUACACUGGCUACAGGAGGAGAAGAGAGCACUGACCCUAUGGACAACACUAAGAGGAGAUCAGGGCGUCAGGUGAAGCGCAGGAAGUACAAUGAAGAUCUAGAUUUUAAGGUUGUGGAUGAUGAUGGUGAGACCAUUGCUGUGCUGGGAACAGAGCGAAUUCCUCCUAUCUCCUCCUCUACCCUUGCUUGGCAAGCAGAGGAACCCCCUGAAGAUGAAGCCAACAUCAUUGAAAAGAUUCUCUCUGUGCGGACAAUUAAGAAGGAGACAUUCCCUGGAGAACCAGUUGAAGAGUCAGAGGAGUUUUAUGUGAAGUACAGAAAUUUUUCUUACCUUCACUGUAAAUGGGCAACAUUGGAGGAGCUGGAAAAGGACCCGCGCAUUCACCAAAAAAUCAAGCGCUUCAGGAACAAACAUGCACAAAUGAAGCACAUUUUCUCAGAGCUCGAUGAAGACCUCUUUAAUCCAGACUAUGUUGAAGUAGAUCGGGUUUUGGAGAUUGCGAUCACUACAGACACGGAAACUGGAGAGGAGGUGACACACUACCUGGUAAAGUGGUGUUCUCUGUCGUAUGAGGAAAGCACUUGGGAACUACAGGAGGAUGUAGACCCUGUGAAGAUUCGUGAGUUUGAAGAGCUCAAGAAAAUACCAGAACUCACACCUGUUGAGAGGCCUUCACCAGAGCAAUGGCAAAAGCUUGAACAGUCUCGUGAAUACAGAAAUGGCAACCAACUCAGAGAAUACCAGCUAGAAGGCAUGAAUUGGCUUCUUUUCAAUUGGUACAAUAGGAAAAAUUGUAUCCUAGCUGAUGAAAUGGGCCUCGGAAAAACCAUCCAGUCCAUAACAUUCCUCUAUGAGAUCUUCCGUAUGGGUUUGAGAGGUCCCUUCCUAAUCAUUGCUCCUCUCUCCACCAUUACAAACUGGGAGAGGGAGUUCCGCACAUGGACGGAGAUUAAUGUAAUUGUUUAUCAUGGUAGCCAGAUCAGCCGCCAGAUGAUCCUGCAGUACGAGAUGUAUCACAGAGAUGAACAGGGAAACAUAAUGCCUGGCCUGUUUAAGUUUCAUGGUGUAAUCACCACAUUUGAGAUGAUCAUGGCUGAUUGCCCUGAACUGAAAAAGGUUAAUUGGCGCUGUGUGGUGAUUGACGAAGCCCAUCGACUGAAGAAUCGUAACUGUAAACUGCUGGAAGGACUCAAACUCAUGAACUUGGAGCAUAAAGUGCUCCUUACAGGUACACCUCUACAGAACUCUGUGGAGGAGCUCUUCAGUCUGCUCAACUUCCUGGAGCCAGUGCAGUUUCCCUCAGAGAGCACAUUCCUUGAGGAGUUCGGAGAUCUGAAAACUGAGGAGCAGGUUAAGAAGCUUCAAGCAAUUUUGAAGCCCAUGAUGCUGAGGCGGCUAAAGGAUGAUGUGGAGAAGAAUUUGGCCCCCAAAGAAGAAACCAUCAUUGAGGUGGAACUCACCAAUAUCCAGAAGAAAUAUUACCGGGCCAUCUUGGAGAAAAACUUUACCUUUCUGGCAAAGGGAGCCAACCAGCACAAUAUGCCCAACCUCAUCAACACUAUGAUGGAGCUACGCAAAUGCUGCAACCAUCCAUAUCUCAUCACAGGUGCUGAAGAAAAGAUUCUGGAUAGCUUUAGGAAAACCCACAAUCCUGAUGCACCAGAUUUCCAGCUCCAGGCUAUGAUCCAGGCUGCUGGGAAAUUGGUGCUUAUUGACAAGCUGCUGCCCAAACUCAUUGCUGGAGGACAUAAAGUGUUGGUGUUCUCCCAGAUGGUUCGGUGCCUAGACAUACUAGAGGACUACCUCAUUCAGAGAAGGUACACAUAUGAGCGUAUUGACGGGAGAGUCAGAGGGAAUCUGCGACAAGCGGCUAUUGAUAGAUUUUGUAAGGUGGACUCGGACCGCUUCGUCUUCCUGCUGUGCACAAGAGCCGGGGGGCUGGGCAUCAACCUCACCGCUGCAGAUACCUGCAUCAUAUUUGACUCGGACUGGAACCCACAGAAUGACCUGCAGGCCCAAGCUCGCUGUCAUCGGAUUGGCCAAAGCAAAGCUGUGAAGGUUUAUCGUCUUAUUACACGCAAUUCAUAUGAGAGGGAGAUGUUCGACAAAGCCAGUCUAAAGCUGGGAUUGGACAAGGCUGUUCUACAGGAUAUUAACCGCAAAGGCAGUCUAAAUGGGGUACAGCAGCUGUCUAAGAUGGAAGUGGAAGAUCUCUUGAGGAAAGGUGCAUAUGGUGCCCUUAUGGACGAAGAAGACGAAGGCUCUAAGUUCUGCGAAGAAGAUAUUGAUCAGAUUCUGCAACGCCGUACUCAGACCAUCACCAUUCAGUCUGAGGGGAAGGGAUCUACAUUUGCUAAGGCUAGCUUUGUUUCCUCUGGAAACCGAACUGACAUCUCUCUGGAUGACCCGAACUUCUGGCAGAAAUGGGCAAAAAUUGCUGAGCUGGAGAUUGACUCAAAAGAAGAGAAGGAGAGUCUUGUGAUUGAUACACCACGUGUGCGGAAACAAACACGACACUACAACUCAUUUGAGGAUGAUGAGCUAAUGGAGUUCUCAGAGCUAGACAGUGACACAGAGGAGCGUCCCUGUCGUUCACGACGCCUUGGUGACCGCAACAAGCGAUAUCUUCGAGCAGAAUGCUUCAGAGUGGAGAAGAACCUGCUCAUAUUCGGGUGGGGGCGUUGGAAGGACAUACUGAAUCACGGACGUUUUAAGUGGCACCUUACAGAAAGAGACAUGGAAGUGCUGUGCAGAGCACUGCUUGCCUACUGUGUCCGUCACUACAAAGGUGACGACAAGAUCAAGAGCUUCAUCUGGGACUUAAUCACACCCACCAAGGAUGGGCACAAUCAAGCACUCCAUAACCACUCAGGACUGUCUGUUCCUGUACCCCGGGGCCGUAAGGGUAAGAAACUUAAGAACCAGUUAAGUCCUCCUGAGCUAAAAAAUGCUGACUGGCUAGUUCACUGUAACCCAGAAGUAGUACUCCAGGACGACAGCUACAAGAAACACCUCAAACAGCACUGUAACAAGGUGCUGCUGAGGGUGCGAAUGCUCUAUUACCUUAAAGCAGAGGUACUCGGGGAGGCUGCCAAUCAGGCUCUAGAAGGAGUCUCGGCCAGCAAACUAGAGGUGGCCCUGCCGGAAGUUGACUACAUGGAAAUCCCUACUGGUUGGUGGGAUGCUGAGGCAGAUAAAUCUCUGCUUAUUGGGGUACACAAGCACGGGUAUGAGCGGUACAAUGCCAUGCGCGCAGAUCCUCAGCUCUGUUUCUUAGAGCGGGUGGGCAUGCCAGAUGUCAUCGCACUUACGGCAGAGCAGGGUGGUGCUGAGGCUGCGCCAGAUGUAACAGAUAGUGUAAUCAAGAGCAAUGAUAUAAAAGAAGAAGUAGACGGUAAGCCAGAGGGAAUAGAGGACAAAGAAGAGAAAAAGCAGGCAAACUCUUUCUCAGAGGACACAGUGAAACAUGACAGUUCUCUUGGAGUGACUCGUCCAGAUGGAUUAGCUGAGGAGGUAGUGGAGCAAGGUCAGGCACUAUGGCCGACAGCAUCUGCUCUUACAGCAAGGUUACGACGACUUAUCACUGCCUAUCAGCGAUACACACGCCGUGAACCAUUUCGUCAUGAAAUUCUCAUGCAUGAGGGCAUUGGGCCUGUUGCCUGGCAACUGGGUGAGGAGCUACGACGCUGUACGACAAAUUCUGAUCCACUUUUCCUUGAGUGGCAAAGAAGGUGGACACGCCGUGAACAAGCUGAUUUCUAUCGUACUGUGUCCUCAUUUGGUGUGGUGUAUGACCCAGAGAAGAAGGUUUUUGACUGGCGCCAGUUCCGUAUCUUUGCUCGUUUGGAGAGAAAAACAGAUGAAAGUUUGGAAAGAUAUUUUUGGAGCUUUGUGUCUAUGUGUCGUACUGCCUGCAGACUGCCACCAAGGAAAGAUGAAGGUCUGGUUGACCCCACUCUGUGUAUAGAACCCAUUACUGAAGAACGAGCUGCUCGUACAUUGUACCGCAUUGAGCUCAUGCGAAAGGUUCGUGAGCAGGUGUUGAAUCACCCACUCCUAGAGGAGCGGCUGAAGCUGUGUCGUCCUAGUCUUUACUUGCCUGUUUGGUGGGAAUGUGGGAAACAUGACCGUGAUCUUCUCACUGGUGUAGCCAAGCAUGGCCUUAGCCGCACUGACUUCUACAUAUUGAAUGAUCCUCAUUUGUCUUUCCUGGAGACCUACCGUAACUACAUCCCGAAAGAAAACCAUGGAAACCCAGUGUCAAGCUUGCCCCAUCAACACUGCUAUCUGGGACACUGCCAUUCUCCUCAGCCCACAGAGUAUCAUCAUACCCUCUUACACUCCUCACAAAUACACCAGCACAUGCAUGCGCAUGGACAUCACCAAGCCUCAGAAGUAGUAGCAGCAUCAGAAUCAGAAAGCACUUUGACUAUGCCUGCAAACUCCAGGGAAAACUUCUUGGACUGCCCCACAAUUAAUGACUCUUUGGAUCUUGGGUCUCUACAGCAUGAAGGCUUGACCUCUGGCUCCCUCCAUAGCAAAACUAGCAAAGAACCGUUCAAUGGAUUUCCAUUUAAUUCUGCCUCAGCUGGUCAGAGUAUGUUAAAUUCAUAUGAUGUACAAGGAGACAUUACUGGGGCACAAGGAGACAUGACUGACUCUAUAGAUGGGAAACUUCGAAAUGACGUUCUUGUGGGAGAACAGGGGUCCUCAGAGGAGACUGGGUUAAUGGCCCCUUCAGUGGAACUAGAUGAACUUCAGACCCCGUGGGGAAGCUCAGAUCAUGCUGAAACCUCUGAUAUUUUCAAUGAAGGUGAUCCUAUCUUGGGGGAGCCUUCACUGGAAACAGAAUUCCUGGACCCUCCUCAGUCUGAAGAUGGACAGGAACGGGAGGAUCCACUUACAGGCUGUUUAAGCAUACCAAGUUCUGACUCACAGAGUGACCAUGUAGAACCACUAGCACCAAGCUUCAUGUUGUUCAAAGAUCUAAAUGCUGGAGAGACUUCCAUGGAACAGCCAGAUUUAUCUGCCAGUCCACCUGAAUAUGUUGCUCCCCAACCACUUGCACUUUCAGAUGUAGGCAUUGACCAAGCAGGGUCCAUUAGUGAGGAGCUAGAAACAAAGCUGGGUGAUUCUGACAUCACACAUUGUAACCCUAGUUCAGAAGAUAGAGCAGAACAUGUAGAAUAUCACUUUAAGAAAGAGGAAACUUCCCAUGGUGGCCAUAGUAAUUUGGAAACUGAUCAGAGGCUAAAGGAAAUUGAAAGCAAAACAAAUAAUGUGCCCUCUGUAGAAACUCUGAUGGAAAAUCACUUGGAGCCCCUGAAGGUAGUGUGCAACAUGCCAAGUGAGGAACAGCUGAAGGAUCAUUGUCAAGUGUACUUGGAAGAAUCUUGUGAAAAACUCCUAAUGGAGCCAGAUAAAGUGCCCUUAACAGAACCUUAUGAUAUACCAUGCAAAGGGACCCUGGAGGAACUACUUGAAGGAUCCCCCAAUGACCCAAGUGAAAAAUUGUUGGUAAAAGAAGCUUCUGGAAAACCCCUUGAAAAUUCUUUAGAACUAGUAGAGAAUAGUCCAGCCAACCCCACACUCUCCCCCCAUACUUUGCCUUCUUCAUUUCCGUUGUUUCCCACCUUUCCCACCCCAGUACCAGACCACUCUGUGUUCCCAGACCCUGAGGCUGACCAUGACAUAAAACAGGAGUUACUCUUGGGUUCAAUAGAGUCAGAGGUCAAACCCAAACCUGACAGCACCACAAUGACCCCACACCUGGAACAGGCUGCUGAUGUGGAAGUGAAGGAUGAGAUGAAGGAAGAAGAAACAAAGACAACAGCUUUAUUGGGGGAUAGUUUUGUUGAGGCACCACAGUUUGAUCCAUCCAUAUGUGAGGUGGCAGGCAGUCUUCAUGAUCCAAAGGAGCCAACCAUUGCUCGACUGCUACAAGAGAAACCCCAUUACACAUUCUCCGAGUGGCCCAAGGACAAAGUUAUCAUCAACCGCAUUGACAGUAUUUGCCAAGCCAUCUUAAAGGGGAAGUGGCCUUCCCCCAGUCAGCAGUAUGAAUCUCCCAACUCAGUUGUCAACACCUGUCUGUCCAACAGUGCCCAGCAAAGGGCAGGGUUUUUACCAGCAAGAAUACCUCUACCUCAAGACCUUAACUUAAACAUUCCACACUCAAUACCCCAUAUACACAAGGAACGGUUAGUAACACCUGCAUUUCUUUCUGAACUCAAGCGUUCCAAGUGUGGGUUUAACACGGAGGUUCCUGUCAAACCAAUCGAUCUUGGAGAAAAAAUCCAACGUGGCAUCUCCCACCAUGGGGGUGCCCUCCUCCUAAAUGGUUGGCAAGAAGCUGCAAUGGAUCUGUCUAAGGCAACAGAAAUUGCAUUUGGUAGGGAGGCUGAAUCUAUGAGACAUGUGACCCAUGCUGUCCAAUCAGCACCUCACAAAAUGCCUAACCUAAGCUCCAUGGAGGGCUUGAUGGGAUUGGACAUGGCGGGUAUUCUGCAAGCAGGACUUGUACACCCUGUUACAGGGCAGAUUGUUAAUGGCAGCCUUCGUCGUGACGAUUCAAUAAUGAGGAGGAGGAGAGGUCGAAGGAGAAAUGUGGAAACACUUGACCUUGGAUUGGUGAAGGAACGAGACAUAAAUUUAAGUAAAGCAAAGGGGCAGCCAGAGACUAUCAACCAGCCCAUUGUGUCCUCCACCUCCUCUCAGCCUGACUGCCCCACCCAUCCCGCUUCUGUACCCCCUCCCUCAGAGUCACUGACCAUGAGUGUUGACAGAGAGGCAGCCAGUAAAGGCCUGAUGGAAUGGCUCAGACAGAACCCAAGCUACAGAAUGGAGCUUCCUGCUUUUUCAAUGUCUCAGACUGCAAGCAUGUUGCACAGUUUUGCUGAACGUCCGAAGCAGAGGAGGCACCGUUGUAAAGACCCUACGAAGUUGGAUGUUAAUUCCCUGACUGGUGAGGAGAGAGUCCCAGUAGUGCACCGGAACACAGGUCGCAGGCUGGGUGGUGCAAUGGCCCCAGCCAUUAAGGAGCUCUCUCAAUGGCUAGAUGCAAACUUAGAAUACUUUGUGGCUCCUGACUGGGCAGAUGUGGUGAAGCAUUCAGGUUUCCUCCCAGAAGGAAAGUUCACCCGGAUUCUCACGGAGCCAGUGAAUCGAGAUCCUAGCACACGUCGUAGAGGUAGAAGACCCCGCAGUGAGAUGCCCAAAGCUCCUGAGCUUCCUGCUGGCAUUGGACCACUCUUUAUGAAUGAUGGGCUUAUUGGCAUGGACUUGGUUAACUUACCCAACCUCCGCAAUGUCCCUGGCAUUCCGAUAAGUGGGCUCAUGGGCUUUCCACCUGGUUUGGCUACAGCCCUACCAGGAGAAGAUGCUAAGAAUGGCCUAAGUAUGCUACCUAUGAUGCUCCAUAGUAUGUCAGCAGUGCAACCACCCAUGUAUGGCACUCAUUUAAGUGGAAUGAUAAACCAGUCACUAUCGGCUACAGCCUCCACAGUAACCACAGCUGCCAGCUCCUCCAGCACGGCAACAGUGACUUCCAUAUCCUCUGCCACUGUGGCCUUAAGCCCUAGCCCUGCAGUCAGCUCCAGCACAGCAGCUUCUAAAGAGAGAGCCAGCCCUGAACCUAGUACUGAAAGACGGAGCACAGAUGAGAGAACGCUAGGAGAGAAUGAGAAAAAAAUGUUACCUGCUGUUCCCAGUCCCACUGUUACUAGCAGUUCUGCUAGCAUUACAAGCAGUGGGAGCCAUUUGACCUUCAACCCCUUUUUGAUCCCAGGAAUGCCUCAUGGAUUACUGUAUCCCCAUAUGUUCCUGCCACAUGGCAGUAUUAUGGCACUUCCAUCAGCAUCAGAUAGCACUGGCAUUACUAAGCAGAAGAAAAAGAAAAUUAGGGAUGAAGGAAGGGUGGAAGACAAUGGUUUAUUGGAGGUACAGGAUGGGGAGAUGAAGGGUAUGAGGGAUAUAGAGACACUGGAGAGUAAGCAUAAAGAGGGCAGGCUGGAAGAAUCUUUGCCAGCUGUGGACACCAGUAAGGUUACAAGUAAUGAUGCUAGUGAUCCCCCAUCUGUGGUCAACACAGCCAAAGCAGUAGAGGAAAUAAAAGGAGAGGCAGAGAAAACAAUAGAGUGCAGCAUGCCUGUGCCAAAAGAGGAUGGCUUGGAUGUAACACAGGAUGUGUAGUAGACUCUGCUGUCCAGUGAGCAACAGUAUCUUUGUGUUGUGUUGGUAAAAGUUUGUGUAAAGAAAUUUGAUUAUCAACUUCUUAAUGUUUAUAGAUCUGCUGCAUAAUCAAAACAGGUGAAUUCUCUGACAUACCCCUUAUCAAGAGUUUGCUGAAAUUACCAUAAAGUAAUAGCAUGCACUCACUUGCAUUUCACUACCACAAGAAUACCCAAUAAACAUCACUUUGAAUGUGAAGAUGUCACCCUUGCGUCAUGGAAAUGGGUCCUGAGGUCACCUGCCUUGUUCUGGUUGUGUAUGGCACACUUAGCCCAGUGUUAGAAGUGACUAACACUAACAAAGGAUGUCAUCAAAAUGAUCCUGCUUUCUUUCUUUCUUUUUUCCUACUGGACGCAAUCCACACACAAUUCCCAAGUUCCAGGGAAGAGUCAGAAAAUGGCUGAAGUUGAUGACAGGUGUUGUGAAAUGACAUGACAGUCUUGUCUUUAAUUUAUGGUGCUUACAGGGUUAUAGAAAAAAAAAACAUGCUCAUUUGCUUUCAAAAUGAAUUGAUUAGAUUAUUCAUAGAAAUACUUGUAAACAUUUCACAUUUGUAUUAAAAGCCCACUCCCCAUGGGUGGAUUAUUAGCAGAAUUGCUGCUCUUACUCUUAUGAUGGACAACACUAGUUGCACAUCACUAGUUGCUUGCUGCUAAAUUCUAGGAGCAGAACAUUUAUGAAUAAGUAGAAAGCUAUACAUAAAUACAAAGUGCAAAAUGAGUGCAGUUGAACCAUAAGAAUAGAGAAGAAAACAGUGCUUAACAUUUAUAACAAAGAACAAUCCAGAAAUUUGGGGGUGGGGUGGGGUGGGGGCGCAUGGAGGUGGAAUAUAUUUGCCCAGUGUCAUUCUAACACCCCAGAGAUGCCGUGAGAAUUAUUUCAAUUAAGGGUGGAGUGGUCUUGGAUUUGACAAGGCGUCAUUAGGAUUUCAUGUGUUGAUUCCUAGUGAAUCUUAGUACCUCUAUACCUUAGUACCUGUAGGUAUGGAGCCACUGGGUGAAGAUUGUGUUUGAACAUCUCAUUCAUAUGAACACUAUUAGUGAAAUUAACAUUUCAUUGUUAACUGAUAUCAUUGCUGUGUUUUGUCUUACAUGUAGAGUAAAAGCGCCCAGAGUUGAUGAGAAACUGUUUCUGGGGAAGAAGGCCUUGCUUAAAUGCUUUUGUCUGACCUGAUGCAUCUGAAAAUAGUGUAGAGUAGUAUCUGUCAAGAUUUUUUUAAAAACAUGUAAAUUUAUAUAGCUGUAUAUUGCUGUUACUUUUGUUUAAAAGCACACUAUUUUUUAUCGUCAUUAUGCCAUUGGGAGAAACUGUAAAUCAGUGCUAGUAUUUCUUGUAUCUACCAAUAUUGUACACUAGAUGGACACCCAAGACUUUUUGUUGACACAUUUUUCUCUCCAAAUCUCACAGCAGGGUCUUUUUUUUUUUAAGUUCCUUAGGUUAUAUUACUUUUCUAUGCCUAACAUUCUUGAAUUCACUUUCUUAACAUUGUUUUUGAUGUGAAAACAUUUUGCACGGUCCUUAUGGUGAAUAUUUAUCUGGAACUGUAUUCUGUCUUAUAUGCGUUCUUAUUUCUUCUGUUUAUUGUAUAGAUGUUUGUGUGGACACAUGUACAUACAUGUCUGUUCCUGCAGAGGACAGUUUUCAUCCAUGUAAACUUGAACAUUAUAUUUCUCAUCUAUACCCAGUCUUCUUUUUGUGUUACAUUUUUUUUGUUGCCUUGUCACUUCUUAGAACUCUGUACUAUCUUUUUUUGCCUUACUAAUCACCAAAUAUAAAUAUGCUAUUUCAUUUGA